AUGAAUACAUCUCCCUUACUGUUUCUGCUUCUCAUCACAUUAACUUUAACGUUAACUCAAUGUUUUGUGAGAGCAGAAGCAGAGUUGAGUGAGGUCCAUUUCGAUCUCGGAGGCCUCAGCAGAAACAGUUUUCCAAAGGAUUUCGUGUUCGGAACGGCAGCUUCUGCGUACCAAGUUGAAGGCAUGGCCGACAAGGACGGGCGGGGACCUAGUAUAUGGGAUCUCUUCAUCAAAGCUCCCGGACGUGAGCCCAAUAAUUCCACUGGAGAGGUGUCUGUGGACCAGUAUCACAAAUACAAGCAAGAUGUUGAUCUUAUGGUGAAACUGAACCUUGAUGCUUACCGGUUUUCGAUCUCAUGGUCAAGAAUAUUCCCAAAUGGAAGUGGGAAAGUAAACUGGAAGGGAGUUGCUUAUUAUAACAGGCUGAUCAACUAUAUGCUCGAAAGAGGCAUUACUCCGUAUCCUAAUCUUAAUCAUUAUGAUCUUCCUCAAGCGCUUCAGGAUAGGUAUAAUGGGUGGCUCGGCCGUGAAGUGGUGAAAGAUUUUGCUGAUUAUGCUGAAUUUUGUUUCAAGACAUUUGGGGAUAGAGUAAAGAAUUGGCAGACGUUUAAUGAACCUCGAGUAAUAGCAGCCCUUGGGUAUGAUACCGGGUUCUUUGCACCUGGAAGAUGCUCGAAUUGCACUGAAGGAGAUUCUACUACUGAACCUUAUAUUGUUGGUCAUAAUCUUAUCUUAUGCCAUGCAGCAGCUGCUCAGAGAUACAGGAAAUAUCAAGAGAAACAAAAGGGAAGGAUUGGUAUUCUUCUGGAUUUUGUUUGGUAUGAACCAUUGACGAGAUCUAAAGCCGACAAUUUUGCAGCUCAAAGGGCAAGAGACUUUCACAUCGGAUGGUUCAUGCAUCCUCUUGUGUAUGGUGAAUAUCCAAAAACGAUGCAGAAUAUUGUUGGGAAAAGGUUACCAAAGUUCACAAAAGAAGAGGCCAAGAUGGUAAAGGGAUCUUUUGAUUUCGUGGGCAUAAAUCAGUACACUGCUUACUAUAUGUAUGAACCACAUCAAAAUAAGACAAAGCCCCUUGGCUACCAGCAGGAUUGGGAUGUUGGAUUUGCUUAUGAUCGUCAUGGAGUGCCAAUCGGUCCAAGGGCAGUGUCUGGUUGGCUCUACAUUGUACCAUGGGGUCUGCACAAAGCUAUUAACUACGUUAAAGAGCGCUAUGGAAAUCCUACCAUGAUUUUGGCUGAGAAUGGAAUGGAUGAUCUAGGGAAUUUAACACUUUCUAAGGCUUUGCAUGAUACCACAAGGAUCAACUACUACAAGAGCUAUUUAGCACAAUUGAAGAAAACAAUCGACGAGGGAGCCAAUGUGAUUGGCUACUUCCAAUGGACAUUGCUUGAUAAUUUUGAAUGGAGACUAGGGUACACAUCUAGGUUCGGCAUUGUCUACGUUGAUUUCAAAACCCUCAAGAGAUACCCGAAGAUGUCGGCCUACUGGUUCCAGCGGCUGCUACACCGAAGCAAGCAUUAA